UUGUUUUCCUUCGAUCUUGUUUUACGUUUUGCAGGUGAUAAUCAUGGUAAUCUAGUCCAUCUGCACGAAAGAGACUGUUCCGUGCAACGGCGGCAUCAGAAAGUAAUAGAGAUUGCUCCGGCUCCUGCUCUGGAUCCAACUAUUCGAGAAAAUAUUCUCAAUGAUGCUAAAGGAAACUAUUACUUCAUCGAAGUGAACGCUCGUCUACAAGUUGAGCACACAGUAACCGAGGAAAUCACUGGGGUGGAUAUUGUGCAAGCUCAGCUGAGAAUAGCCGAAGGAAAAACGUUAGAUGAUCUCAAACUAUCACAGGAGACUAUCGUGCCCCAUAAAUCCGCUAUACAAUGUCGUGUCACAACGGAAGAUCCCGCUCGAGACUUCCAGCCGGACUCGGGCAGGAUAGAGGUAUUCCGAUCUGGGGAAGGUAUGGGAAUACGUCUUGAUUCAGCUUCCGCGUUUGCUGGGUCAGUGAUUUCUCCAUUCUACGACUCCCUUCUCGUAAAGAUUAUUGCAUCCGAUCGUAACCACCCUAACGCUUGUGCCAAGAUGAUUCGAGCACUGAAGGAGUUCAGAAUUCGCGGAGUCAAGACCAACAUUCCAUUUUUGCUCAAUGUUCUUCAACUGCCGGCAUUUAUGGAUGCAUCUGUCGAUACUUACCUUAUUGACGACAACCCGGAUUUAUUCAAAUUCAAACAAUCUCAAAAUCGCGCUCAAAAGCUUCUUAGUUACUUAGCAGAAGUGCAGGUGAAUGGCCCUACAACACCGCUCGCUACUGACCUCAAACCAGCUAACGUCGAUCCACCAAUUGCAGGGUCACCACCUCCCACUGGUCUCCGUUCGAUUCUCGUCAAAGACGGUCCAGAAGCGUUUGCUCGAGCGGUACGACGGACACCUGGAUGCAUGAUCACUGACACUACGUUCCGAGAUGCCCAUCAAUCUCUACUCGCAACUCGUGUUCGUACAUACGAUCUGGCGAAAAUAGCACCGUUCGUGUGUCACUCUUUCCCACAUUUGUACUCACUGGAGAACUGGGGAGGUGCGACUUUUGACGUUACAAUGCGUUUCCUACACGAAUGCCCAUGGGAACGACUUGAGACGCUUCGUCAGCUUAUUCCAAAUAUUCCAUUCCAAUGCCUUUUCAGAGGAGCGAAUGCCGUCGGUUAUAGCAAUUACCCAGACAACGUCCUUCACAAGUUCUGCGAAUUGGCGGUGAAGUCAGGAAUGGAUGUGUUUCGUGUCUUUGACAGUCUCAAUUAUGUUCCAAAUUUGGUGGUUGGUAUGGAAGCAGUUGGCAAAGCUGGUGGUGUGGUCGAAGCGGCAAUUUCUUACACCGGUGAUGUUUCGGAUAAAACGAGGACACAGUACAAUCUUCAGUAUUACAUGGACUUGGCUGAACAACUUGUCAAAGCACAAGCUCAUGUACUGUGCAUCAAGGAUAUGGCAGGUCUUCUGAAACCAGAGGCCGCCAAACUUUUAGUUGGGGCAUUGAGGGACAAAUUCCCUGAUAUGCCAAUCCACGUGCACACACACGACACUUCUGGAGCUGGAGUUGCUGCAAUGCUCGAGUGUGCCAAGGCUGGUGCGGAUGUUGUCGAUGCAGCUGUUGACAGUAUGAGUGGCAUGACAAGUCAGCCGAGCAUGGGUGCUAUUGUAGCUAGUCUCCAAGGAACGCCAUAUGACACAGGACUUAGCUUGGACGAAAUCUCGAAGUAUUCUGCCUACUGGGAAUCGGCGCGUCUACUGUACGGUCCAUUCGAAUGUACUGUUACCAUGAAGAGUGGAAAUGCUGACGUAUAUAAACACGAGAUUCCAGGAGGACAAUACACUAAUCUGCAAUUCCAGGCUUUCUCACUCGGUCUUGGCAAUCAGUUUGACGAAGUGAAGCGAAUGUAUCGAGAAGCCAACCUAGCUCUUGGUGACAUUGUCAAGGUGACUCCGUCAUCGAAAAUAGUCGGUGAUCUGGCGCAGUUCAUGGUACAGAACAACCUUACCCGUGAGACUUUAGUUGAUCGUGCUGAUGACUUAUCCUUCCCCAAGAGUAUUAUUGAUUACAUGCAGGGUAACAUAGGACAGCCUCCAUACGGCUUCCCAGAGCCUCUUCGAACGAAGGUCCUUCGUGGAAAACCAAAGUUGAGAGGAAGAGCUGGUGAGAUGAUGUUCCCCAUGGAUUUCGCCAAAGCGAAAGCCGAAUUGGAAGCAAANCACGGACGAACUCUGAGAGAACAUGAUGUUAUGUCCCACGCUAUGUUCCCUGCGGUCUUCAAUGAAUUCGAGCAAUUCCGCACUGCAUAUGGACCAGUCGACAAGCUUCCUACUAGAAUAUUCUUCAAGGGACUGGAUAUCGCAGAGGAAGUUGACGUUGAAAUUGAGAAGGGAAAGACACUUACUAUCCAGCUCCUGGCUGAAAGAAAGUUAAAGAAUAAAGGGGAACGUGAAGUGUUCUUCCACCUCAACGGUCAGAUGAGAAGCUUGUUCGUUAAAGAUAAGGAGGCUUCAAAGGAAACAGCAUCGCGACCGAAGGCUCUCGCUGGUGUUAAAGGUUCUGUCUCUGCUCCUAUGCCUGGUGAGAUUCUCGAGCUAAAGGUCAAGGAAGGCGACAAAGUUGUCCAGAAACAGCCACUCUUCGUUUUAUCAGCCAUGAAGAUGGAAAUGGUGGUCGAUGCACCUAUUGCUGGUACAGUGAAGGCGGUUCACCUCUCGAAGGGAGACAAAUGUGCAGCUGGCGACCUCGUUGUAGAAAUUGAACCUUGA